AAGUUAAUGGCAAGCAAUUCUAUGUUUGCUAACCAAAACCCCGAAAUGAUUUUCCCCUCUGAGCUUGGUGAUUUUAUGGGUGGUCACAUGGAAACCCAGAUGAACAUAAACCAUGCUAUCGCAAACGAGCAGGCUAUGAUGUCUGCUGGAGAGUUUCAAAGUCACAUGGUAGCUGGACCAAGUACUGCAGGUGUCAGUCCACCAGCAGCCAAACGAUCUAAAAGAGCGCAUGCAGAUACCAACGCGGAAGAAUCUAAUUUACAGUCACUGUUUCAAAUUGUGCGGAAUGGACGGCAGGCUUUACAGUGUGUCGUUGAUGACUGGAUUGAGACGUAUAAGCAGGACAAAGACAGCGCUCUGCUGGAGUUAAUCAAUUUUCUGAUUCAUUCGUGCGGGUGCAAGGGCACUGUUACGCCAGAAAUGUUUGUGACGAUGGACCAAACAGAAAUUAUUCAGAGAAUGACCGAAGAAUUUGAUGAGGACUCUGGAGAAUAUCCACUGAUUCAAAGUGGUCCGACUUGGAAAAAGUUCAGGUCAAAUUUUACCGAGUUCAUAGUCGUUCUGGUCAGACAGUGUCAAUCGAGUCUGAUUUUCGAUCAAUACCUGUUCGAAAACGUAAUUUCUCUUCUGACAGGUCUAUGUGAUUCACAAGUUAGAGCGUUUAGACAUACAAGCACUCUUGCAGCAAUGAAAUUAAUGACUGCAUUGGUCACUGUAGCCGCCAGUUUGAGCGUGCAGCAUGACAAGAUAUCGCGACAGUUUGAGGCUGAAAAAGCAAAGAAUGCAGCACGGCGAGCCUCGCAAAGAAUGGAUUUGCUUCGAGCCAAAAACGAAGAGUUCGAAGAGCACAUAAAAGAAUUACAACAAAUGAUGGGAAAUAUUUUUAAUGGCAUUUUCGUGCACCGUUAUCGUGAUACGCAUCCAGAAAUUCGGGCAAUAUGCAUGGGGGAAAUAGGAACGUGGAUUAAAAACUACCACACGAUGUUUUUGGACGACGGCUAUUUGAGAUACAUUGGCUGGAAUCUCCAUGACAAACAUUGGGAUGUCCGACUGAAAUGCGUGCAGGCACUGAGCAACCUUUACACCUCCGAAGAGUUCGCGUCUAACCUGGAGCUGUUUACAAACCGGUUCAAGGACCGAAUAGUGUCGAUGACGCUGGAUAAGAAAAUCGACGUUUCGGUCCAGGCAAUCAAGCUGAUCAUUAGCAUCAAUGUCUGGAAAGAUGAUGCACUUGACAGCACCGACUGUGAAGCAGUGUAUCAGUUAGUGUUUUCCUCUAAUCGUUCAGUGGCUCAAGCAGCCGCUAAUUUCCUCAUUCAGAGGCUUCUUACAAGAGAAGAGGAUGAAUCCUCCGAGCAGAACAAGAACGCCCUCAGGAAAAAGGGUAAAAACUUGAGCCCGCACAUUGCGCCCAUGCGAGAUCUCGUGCAAUAUUUCAUAGAGAGUGAGCUACACGACCAUGCUGCGUAUUUGGUGGACAGUCUAUGGGAUAGCACGUCUCUAGUGAAGGAUUGGGAUUGCAUGACUCAAAUGCUGUUAGACGAUAUUUCAAGUGGCCACGAACCGCUAAGUGACAAAGAAGAGACUUAUUUGAUUGACAUCAUGACAUGCUGUGCACGACAAGCAUCUGAUGGCCAGCCGCCGGUAGGAAGAGCGCCGCCUAAAAAGUUAACUGGAAAAGAGAGGCAAACAGUUCAAGAAGACAAAAAUCGACUCACCAAUCAUUUCAUCCAAACACUGCCCCGUCUCUUAAGCAAACAUGGAAUUGACCCGGAAAAGGUGGCCGAUCUAGUUGUGAUUCCGCAGUACUUUGAUCUGGACAUGUACACCACAGGAAGGUUGGAACAGUAUCUAGACCAACUGCUCAAGUUGCUGACUGAAAUAGUUACGAAACAUGCAGACAAACAGAUUUUGCACAACUGUUCAAAAACAUUCGAAUAUCUCUGCAACGAUUCCUAUGCGAUCAGUAACAAGUGCAAAAUUGCUAGGUCAGCCUUAAUUGAUCACUUAGCUCAAACAUUCCAAGCUGCGUGGCAAGACUACUUGGAAAAUGUUGACGAUUUGUCUGAAACGGAAAUUUACAAUUUGACCGCGUCAAUGAGAAGAAUCUGCGCUUUUUAUUCUUCCCAUAAUUUAAAUGCUUGGGAGCUGUACGACAGUUUGUUCAAAAUCGCCAAAAGCUACAGUGAAAACCUCGCCAUAAAAAGCCCGAUCGUGAGUGACGCCCUUGCCUCUCUGCAAUUUCACUUGAUGUGGGCAAGGUCUGACAUAGACGACCAAAACCCAGACAAGACCCAAGUCAAGGACAUCAAACGACGUCUGCACGAAGUAAUGAGCCUGAGUUAUGAACUGGUGUGUCAACGAAAUAACGCCCUUGAAGUUAUUGAGGAUGCUUAUACUAACAUUUGUGAUUUGCUCGUAGUUUAUGGGAAGCAAAUUGGUUUCAAUAAAGCUCUCAAACCCCUGGUGUACCUGGCGAGCGACGAUUUGCAGCAGGAGCUGAGAUUGUUCAAUGACAGAAAUGUGUUCACAAAUGAAGACGAAGAUGUUUUGGCGGGUGUGGACGAGGAAGAAGAAGAUGCGUCUAUCAAAAUCGAAGCACUCCACAAACGGCGCAAGUUGCUGGCAUGUUUUUGUAAGCUAAUCAUUUCGAAUAACAUUCAAAUGACUUUGGCGGCCGAUGUGUUCAAGCAUUACUUGAAGUUUUACAACGACUACGGAGACAUCAUUAAAAAUACUCUUGCCAAACUGAAUGACUACAAUCGAACGGAGUGCGCCAAAAUCAUUCUGAGAUCGUUGCAUAUAAUGUGGGAUACCGUGCCGCAUAUUAGCCCCACAAGAGUGGAUAAAGCGUGCGAACAGUUUGCGCAUAUUAAAGAUCUAGCUAAGAAUUUCUCCUUCAUAUUUUCCCUCGACCAGAUAAAGUCAAGAGAAGCUAUACAAGCAUUGCACAAGGAAGGAAUCUUCUACGCUUCCCAGCCGGAAUCAGCAUCUCCCAAUGUGCCUCCGAAGAACAUAGACUUCCUGGAAAUAGUGAAUGAGUUUACAGGGAAGAUGAUGAGGCAGGACAAGAAGAUAGUGAUGGAGUAUCUGGACGACGUCUUCCCCCCAAACACAAACAUGAGUCGUGACGAUACAUGGUACGCACUACAAUUGUACCGGGGCAACUUGGCCACGUCGGAACACGAAGCGCGUCAAAUAGGCCACAAGGGGCGAACAGGUGGAGCUGCGCAGCCUCCCACUGCGACUGCAAUCAAGAAGAUCCCAGCUGCCGCCUCUUCGUCCACCGCAUCCAGAAAGAGACAGUUGGAUGACUCAUUCGCCAGUGAUUAUCCAGGUACACCUGGGAGCAGCGCCGGAACCCCUCGGCCUCAACAGCCGACGAGAGCGGAAAGACUGGCUUCGAGGAACCAAAUGCGAGAUCAGAAUUGAAAUCAGAGAAACUUUAUUCUCCAAGUAGUUCAAACAGUGUUGCUUCACACUUACGCGUAGUUUUGGUAUUUUCUCCACUCGGUUUUUUUGUAGAAUGCUUUGAACUGUUUCAAUUUAAUUGGUGUUCCCUUGUUAUUUUUAUUUUACCGUUGUUUAGAUUGUUAAUUGUUCAAUUUGUUUGAUUGUC